GGAGGUGCAGGAGGAGGGAGGUGAAAGGAUAAAAGGAGGGAGCUGCAGAGCGGCAGUCUACACUGACAGCGGAACAGGACCAGGUAGGAGGAUGAGUAGGACUCCGCUGUGGCUGCUGGCCUCUCUGGCCUUUGCCUCUCUAACUUCUCUGGCUGAUGGAUCUCCACUGAAGGUGAUGUCUUCCCCCAACUUGCUGCGUGUAGGAACAGCAGAAAACAUCUUUGUUGAGUGUCAAGACUGUUCUGGAGGAGACAUAAAGGUUGAUAUCAAUGUGAUGAACCAUCCAACCAAAACCACAAAGCUGGCAUCCGCAACUGUGACCCUUAACACUGCAAACGAGUUCCAGGCACUUGGACAAGUAACGAUCCCCCCGGGAGACUUCAGCAAGGAUCCCAACCUGAAGCAGUAUGUCUAUGUUCAAGCUCAGUUCCCUGACCGACUUCUGGAGAAAGUGGUCUUAGUGUCCUUCCAGUCUGGCUACAUCUUCAUCCAGACUGACAAGACCCUCUACACCCCCAACAGCAAAGUUCAUUACAGGAUGUUUGCAUUGACACCACGCAUGGAGCCCGUGGAGAGAGAUGACACAACUGAUGCCUCUAUUGCCAUUGAGAUUAUGACUCCUGAUGGCAUCAUUUUACCUCUUGAUCCAGUCUCUCUGAAAUCAGGGAUCCACUCUGGAGAUUACCAACUCGCUGAAAUUGUCAGUCCUGGACUGUGGAAAGUGGUGGCCAAGUUCCACAGCAACCCACAGCAGAGCUACACUGCAGAGUUUGAGGUCAAAGAAUAUGUGUUGCCCAGUUUUGAGGUGAAGCUGACACCUAUGAGUCCCUUCUUCUACGUGGACAGUCAAGACCUCACUGUCAACAUCAAAGCUACGUAUCUGUUUGGUGAAGAGGUUGAUGGGACAGCAUAUGUGGUAUUUGGAGUUGUACAUGAGCGUCAAAAGAGGAGCUUUCCAAGCUCACUUCAGAGAGUGCCGAUUGUGACAGGUGAAGGACAGGUCACACUGAAGAGAGAGCACAUCACACAGACCUUCCAACAAAUCAACCAGCUGGUCGGGAGCUCCAUAUUUGUAGCUGUCAGUGUGUUAACGGAGAGCGGUAGUGAGAUGGUGGAGGCAGAGUUGAGAGGUAUCCAGAUUGUCACAUCACCCUAUACCAUCCACUUCAAGAAAACGCCCAAAUAUUUCAAACCAGGGAUGUCCUUCGAUGUUUCGAUUGAAGUUGUGAAUCCAGAUGAAUCACCGGCACAAGGUAUUGCCGUGGUGGUAGAUCCAGGCAUGGUGCGGGGUUUCACCGCAGCUAAUGGCAUGGCAAAGCUUACCAUCAAUACAGUGGCAGGAGAGCAAAGGUUGACAAUCACUGCAAAGACCAGUGAUCCUCAAAUUUCAGCUAACAGACAAGCAUCAGCCACCAUGGUAGCUCUCCCAUACCAAACUAAGAGUGACAACUACAUCCACAUAGGAGUGGAUACAGCAGAGCUGCAAUUAGGAGACAACCUGAAAAUCAACCUCAACCUCAAGAGGCAGUCAAAUGACAACACUGAUAUCACAUACCUGAUCCUGAGCAGGGGCCAACUGGUCAAACAUGGCCGAUACAAGACAAGAGGCCAAGUACUGAUAUCUCUAAUAAUUCCCAUCACCAAAGAAAUGCUGCCAUCGUUCCGCAUCAUCGCCUACUACCAUACAACUGGCAAUGAAGUGGUAUCAGACUCUGUUUGGGUGGAUGUCAAGGACUCUUGCAUGGGCUCGCUGACGUUGGAAUCAUCGAGACCUGCUCCGUCUUAUGAGCCUCGCAGGAUGUUUGGUCUGAAGGUCACUGGAGAUCCAGGGGCCACAGUGGGACUGGUGGCAGUUGACAAAGGCGUCUACGUCCUGAAUAACAAGCACCGCCUCACCCAGAAGAAGGUGUGGGACAUUGUGGAGAAAUAUGACACAGGCUGCACACCAGGUGGAGGGAAGGACGGUAUGGGUGUGUUCUUCGAUGCCGGGCUGGUGUUUGAGUCCAGCACUGCUUCUGGGACUCCCUACAGACAAGAAUUGAAAUGUCCAGCGCCCAGCAGGAAGAAACGAGCCAGCACUAUAACAGAGGUCACAAGCACCUUGGUGAGUCGAUAUACAGAUGAACUACAACGUGACUGCUGUAGGGAUGGAAUGAGGGAAACCCCUCUUUCAUACACUUGUGAGAUACGCAGUGAGUACAUCUCCGACGGCGCAGCCUGUGUCGAAGCCUUCCUGCACUGCUGCAAGGAGAUGGAAAGCCAGCGGGCUGACAAGAAGGAGGAAAGCCUCAAACUUGCUCGCAGCGAGGACGAUGACAACAGUUACAUGGACAGCAAUGAAAUUGUGUCUCGCACCAAGUUCCCUGAGAGUUGGCUGUGGUCAGACAUCACACUGCCUGCUUGCCCGCGUCAAACACCCAACUGUGAUUCCACAUCACUUGUGAAAAAUGUUCCUUUGCAAGACUCAAUCACAACCUGGCAGUUCACUGGCGUCAGUCUGUCAAGAACCCACGGAAUCUGUGUUGGCGAUCCAUUAGAAGUGAUUGUCCGGAAGGAAUUCUUCAUUGAUCUCAGACUGCCCUACUCUGCUGUCCGUGGAGAGCAGUUGGAAAUUAAGGCAAUCCUCCACAACUACAGCCCUGAUCAUGCCACUGUGCGUGUGGAUCUGAUUGAGACAGAGGAUGUGUGCAGUGCAGCUUCUAAACAUUCACGGUAUCGUCAGGAGGUCAGAGUUGGGCCCAGCACUACCCGAUCGGUUCCCUUUAUUAUUAUUCCUAUGAGGGAAGGACAGUUCCGCAUUGAGGUCAAAGCAGCUGUUAAAGACUCAUCGCUCAAUGAUGGAAUCAUGAAGAUGCUGCGGGUGGUGCCUGAAGGCGUACUGGUUAAACAACCAAAAAUUGUUACUCUAGACCCUGUUCAUAAAGGCCAAGGUGGUAAACAAGAAGAAAUUUUGAACAGUGCAAUUCCAAAGAAAGAUUUGGUUCCAAACUCACCUACAAGCACACAGAUCUCUGUGACAGGGAGGGAACAAGUGGCCCCACUGGUGGAGAAUGCCAUUAAUGCGAAAUCAAUGGAUACGCUCAUCCAACAGCCCUCAGGUUGUGGAGAGCAGAACAUGAUCAGAAUGACCCUGCCCGUCAUUGCAACCAUAUAUUUGGACAAAACCAACCAGUGGGAAACUGUGGGCUUUCAGAAGAGGGCCGAAGCCCUCCAGCACAUCAAGACUGGCUACCAGAACCAGCUUGCCUACCGUAAAAAGGAUGGGUCUUUUGCUGUAUGGGCCAAUCGCGAAGGUAGCACCUGGUUGACAGCUUAUGUUGUCAAGGUGUUUGCCAUGGCCAACGAAAAGGUGGCGGUGCAAAGUGACGUGGUCUGUGACGCUGUCAAGUUUCUGAUUCUCAAAGCACAGCAACCUGAUGGCUUGUUCAGAGAAGUUGGACGGGUGUCCCACGGAGAGAUGAUCGGUGAUGUGCGUGGCACAGAUUCAGAUGCCUCCAUGACAGCCUUCUGCCUUAUCGCCAUGCAGGAGUCGCGCAGACUGUGCGCUAACACUGUUAAUAGUCUGCCAGGCAGUAUAGACAAAGCAGCGGCCUACCUGGAGAAGCGUCUGCCCACCAUCACCAACCCAUAUGCUGUUGCCAUGACAUCAUACGCCCUGGCCAAUGAAGGAAAACUGAACCGAGACAUCCUCUACAACUUUGCUUCUACAGAGUUGUCCCACUGGCCUGUACCUAAGGGACGUGUUUACCAACUGGAGGCCACAGCUUAUGCUCUUCUUGCUCUGGUCAAGACCGAGGCCUUUGAGGAUGCCAGACCUAUUGUGAGAUGGUUCAACCAACAGCAGAAGGUGGGCGGAGGCUAUGGAUCAACUCAGGCUACCAUAAUAGUGUACCAGGCUGUAGCAGAGUACUGGGCCAGUGCUAAGGAACCAGAUUAUGACCUGAAUGUGGACAUCUUGUUGCCGGGCAGGGCAAAGCCUGAUAAGUACAACAUCAACAGGAAUAAUCGCUUUGCCACAAGAACGUCUAAAAUCAAUGAUAUAAACCAGGAUGUGAAAGUGACUGCCACAGGAGCAGGAGAAGCAACAGUGACAAUGGUGUCGUUGUACUACGCUCUGCCUAAAGAGAAGGAGAGCGACUGUGAGAAGUUUAACAUGACAGUGGAGCUCAUCCCAGACAAAAUGGAUGAGGAUGAGAAGAUUUACAAGCUGAAAAUAAGGGUUUUGUAUAAGGACAAGGACCAUGACGCAACUAUGUCAAUCUUGGAUAUCGGCCUGCUAACUGGCUACACCGUUAACACAAAUGAUCUGGACUUAUUGGCCAAAGGACGAGCCCGCACCAUUGCAAAAUAUGAGAUGAACACAGCCCUGUCAGAGAGAGGCUCUCUGAUCAUUUACCUGGACAAGGUUUCUCACACACGACCAGAGGAGAUCACAUUCAGGAUCCAUCAGAAGCUGAAAGUGGGCAUUUUACAACCAGCAGCUGUGUCUGUCUAUGAAUAUUAUGACCAAACACGUUGUAUGAAAUUCUACCAUCCACAGAGGAGAGGUGGACAGCUACUGAGGCUCUGUAGAAAUGAUGAAUGCACGUGUGCUGAAGAGAACUGCAGUAUGCAGAAGAAGGGCAAAAUCACCAAUGAUCAGCGCACAGCUAAAUCUUGUGAGAGUACACCGACCAGCAAAAUAGAUUAUGUGUACAAAGUGAGACUGGACGGAUUUACAGACGGCACAUCAACUGACAUUUACACAAUGCGAGUGCUGGAAGUCAUCAAGGAAGGAAGUUCUGAUGUGGGUCCUCUGGGUAAACUUCGCACAUUCCUCAGUUACCAGCACUGCAGGGAGGCUUUAGAUCUGCAGAAGGGCAAAACCUACCUUCUCAUGGGCACGUCCAAAGAUAUUCACAGAGACGAUGAAAAUCAAUCAUUUCAGUACGUGCUUGGUGAGAGAACCUGGGUUGAGUACUGGCCCACAGAGGCAGAGUGUCAAGCUGACGAACACAGACCUACUUGCUUGGGCAUGGAGGAGAUGGUCCAGCAGUACGCACUCUUUGGAUGUCAGCAGUAGUGAAACUUCUUCUUCUUUCUAUUUUGCCUUAUUCUUUUUCUGUCAAACUUUCACUGCUAUGAGAUGUAAGGGAAAAAAAUCACAAUGUUACAAUGUGUUCAUUAAAAUGUAAUGUAACCUCUC